CCGCCUGUCUCGGCCUCCUCCUCCUCGCCGCACGCCAGCCUAGCCGGCUCUUUGGCUUUUUCGAAGGUGGCGCAGAGGAGGUGGCCGAUCCGGCGCCGCCCGCUGCUCACGCCGAUCCGCUGACGGCGCGAUUCUCUCGAGCAAAUCCCGACACGCUGCUGAGGAGGCGGGACGGCGUCGAGCCGCCGACUCCGCGCAGCACCGAUACGAGCGGCGCCUUGUCUUUGACCAAGUGGGUGUGGGUCUUGUGGCAGGUGGGGUGGGUGUACGGCAAGGAGGACGCCGACGCAAGCCUCGCUGAAGCCGAGUCCGCCUUCGAGAAGGCCGAGACGCACCUCGAGACGGCCGGCGCGUCUCUCGGAGCACAGGCGCUGGGCCCGUUUGCCUCUCGAUCCGCGACGACGCGCGACGCACUCGAAAAGGCACUGCUUCUCGAUGGACUCGACGGCCGCGGUGUCUUUCCCGGAACGGCUGGUGGGGCGGAGUGAGUGGGCAAGGCGGACGCAGCGGCAGGGCGGCAGGCCGGGCAGCUACAGCGGCUAUGUCAACGUCACUCCCACCGACUGGCUCUUUUACUGGUACUUUCGCGCCGACAACACCGGCUCGCGCACGCCCAAGCCGCUGCUCGUCUGGUCCAACGGCGGGCCAGGCUGCUCGGCGAUGGAGGGCGCGACGACAGAGAUCAGCCCGCUGCGGCUGUUCGACAUCAAGCGCGGCUGGGCGAGUGCGACGGGGCAGCUGUCGGACAACGCGUUCGCGUGGAGCGCACACGCGAGUUUGCUCUUCGUCGACCAGCCCAGGUACGUCGGCUACUCGUUCGGCUCUGGCCCGCACGUCACAAGCUCUGCGCAGGCCGGCCAAGACAUGGUGGCGUUUCUGAUCGGCUGGCUCCGCCUCUUCCCAGAGCACGCGCAGGCCGACGUCAUCCUCGCGUCGGAGAGCUAUGGCGGGCACUACGUCCCCGCAUGGUCGGACGCCAUUCUGGCGCACAACGACGGCGCGGCGGCAGAGGAGCGGAUCCGGCUCCGCGGCUUGCUGAUCGGGAACGGCAAGAUCAACCAGCGCUUCGCCAGCAACGACAACUUCGAGGCCUUCCUCUCGCAGGCCCACCUGCUGCCGCCCGGGCGGGCGGCGUCGCAGCGCGCGCCGUGGGAGAACGAGUACAGCUGGCGUGUGCGGUCUCAGCUGCUGGGCGAGGCGGCGCAGUACCUCGGUUACACGCCAAACGGUUACGACUACCGCGUGCGCGCGCUGGCGUGCCCCGCCUGCGUGCAGUACAACUAUACCGCGUGGAGCAGCUGGUUCCUGACGGACGAGGUGAGGCGGGCGCUUCACGUCUGUGGAGACGCGGGCCGCGGUGCCUUCGCCGGCUCUGCGGCGGGCUGCAUCCGCAUGCCGGGCUUCAGCGACGACUCAGUCGGCGACGGCCACUCGGAGGCGCUCGGCCGCAGCCUGGACCGAGGCGUCAAGGUGGCGCUGCUGUACGGCAAGCAGGACUCGGUCUGCGACUUUGUGCAGGGCCUCGCCACCGCGGAUCACUUGCCGUGGUCGGGCGCCGCCACAUUCCGAUCCGCAACGAUGGCGCCGCUGCGGCUGCUCGGCGCGGAGAUUGGGCAGUGGAAGGCGAGCGGCGGGCUGUCCUGGUACCAGAUCGACGGCGCGGGCCACAUGGUGCCGCUCGACGCGCCUGCGGCGGCGCUGGGUGUGCUGGAGCGGCUGGCUGCCUAA